UUUUUUGGCAACUUUAACUUCCCUUAUUUCUAGUUCUACCUACUCUUUUUCUACUUCCUUCAUCUCUCUUUUUUUUGUUUUCUUUCUGAAAUUUUCAUUCACUCUCUGAAGUUUCUUGAAGAGUCAUCUAUUAGGCUACAAUUAUUUGUAUAAAAAAACACAUUUUAUCAUAUAGGUUACAAUUAUGGGAGAAGAAGAAGCAACCCCUCUAGUUUCUCCACAAUCUUCUAAAGAAACUGAUCAAGAAAAAGAGCACAAAAAUGAAGAACCAAAACAGAAAGUUGAAGAAAAUGCUUCUGCCCUUGUUCCAAAUUUAGAGGAUAAACAGAAAAUCUCUCCCCCUUCUCCAGAAAAAGCUGCAGAUUCUGGAGUUCAGAAAAGUACUGGAGGUGCCAAGGACAGAGAUAUUGCCCUUGCAAAGGUUGAAUCAGAGAAAAGAUUGGCUUUGAUCAAGGCAUGGGAAGACAAUGAAAAAGCAAAGGCUGAAAACAAGGCAUUUAAAAAGUUGUCAGCAGUUGGAUCUUGGGAGAACAGAAAGAAGGCAACUGUAGAUGCUGAACUGAGACAAAUUCAGGAAGAGUUGGAGAGGAAGAAGGCGGAAUAUGCAGAGAAGAUGAAGAACAAGAUGGCUGAAAUUCACAGAGAAGCAGAAGAAAAGAGGGCUAUGAUUGAAGCGAAACGAAGCAAAGAUUUUCUCAAGGUAGAGGAAACUGCUGCAAAAUUUCGUGCUGCUGGAAAUUUGCCCAAAAAGUUCUUUGCAUGCUUUGGCUACUAAAUUUUUCUUCUUGUUAAAAAUCUGAAAAACAUUAAUCAUAUGCAGACUCUGCAUACUGUUUUCUACUUUUGUUUCUCUGUGCUGGUUGGGUGUAAUUGCUUAAUGAUCUUCUUGUGUAUAGAUUAUAGAGAAAGUUCUUGUUUAUAUUCUUGAUAGAACAAUCACGUGUGAUGAACAAACACUCAGAAUUAUUGUUAA